AUGAUUCAGUAUGUGGGGAAAGAGACGUUAGAAAAGCACCUGAAAUCCUUAAAGAACCAAAGGGAAGCAGUGAAACACAGACUGAAGAAACUUGCAGCCCGGCAGUCGGAAAUCACAAAACAGUCCUCAGUGAUGAGAGAGAGGGUUGUACAGAAGUACCAGGAGAUCCAGAUUGUUCUAGAGGAGGACCUGAGGACUACUUUGUCCCACCUGGAGAUGGAGGAGCGAGCUGCUGUCUCUGCUCUGGACGGGCUCAUGGAGAGGAACUGUGCUCUGAUCCAGGAAAUCGAGCAGGACCUGUCCAGCCUCUCUUUAGCCCUGAACUGUUUCCACACAAACCCGGAUUCAAUGGUUUUCCUUACACCCCCUGCACGGGACGACAUGGACACAGUGGACAGAGUGAUGGAUCUACUAAACCAGUCGGACCCGAGCAGUGUGAGCCUGGAUGAAGCUAAAGCUGAUCAGAUCCUGAGCCUCACCACCAGCCUGCUUCAGCUCGUCUCCUCACAGACCCCUUUAAUCAGGAAGCUCCUGCAGAGCUACUCCAGCGAGGUGCACCUGGAUCCAGGGACGGCCCACCCAAAGCUGAUCAUCUCUCCUAAAGGUGACAGCGCCGCCUACACCGACACCUGGCAGCAGCUGCCGGAUCUACCCGGACGCUUCGACACCACCCUCAACGUCAUCAGCAUGCAAGGCUUCACCUGUGGCCGCCAUUACUGGGAGAUCGAUGUGACUGGGAAGACGUACUGGGAGCUCGGUGUCACCUACCCCUCCAUCCCACGCAGAGGCCCAUCAGAAAACUGUUGGCUGGGCCGGGGGCCCGAGUCCUGGUGUGUGGAGUUUUUUGGUGGGGAGUACACCACAUGGCAUGGAGGGGUGCCUCACCAGCUGCCUUUCGCCAAACGUUUCGGUCGGAUCGGCGUUUUGUGCAGUUUCCCUGCAGGGUUGGUGACUUUUCUCGAGGCGGAGAAAAUGACGCCCCUGUUUUCUUUCAGCGCUGGAGUCUUCUCAGAGUGCCUCCACCUGGCCGUGUGUCCUGGUCAUCACCACGGUGGCACUAACUCCAGUCCCAUUGUGAUCUGCAAUGCUUCAUCUCCUACCAGUGACCUCUAG